CCGAUGGUUAUCGUAGCCAUACAACGUUUCCUCUGCUGAACUCUCGUUUAUAUGCAUGUUCGCGUCUCUCGUUACCCCGCCAGUCAAGACUUGAGUUUUCUGUCUCAUUCAUCGGAUACUAGAGGUAUUCAAGAUUGGUGUGCAUCCACAUUGGCAAGGUAAUCACAAUGAGGUUCAGGGUUCUCAUAUAGGGUGGAAAUUUUGGAAGAUUAUUGGAAAAUAGUGAAGAAGAUAUCAAGAUACCGAAAGGUAAAGCAGGCUGAAUUAUUUGUUUUUGGUUGCAAAUGACUGCGAGAAUGAACAGUAAUGAAGACACUGAGGUUGCUGGUAGUGGUAGAAUGUGGGCUUUAGAUCAGAAAUUUGAUCCACCCCUGGAUGCAGAGGCUGAGAAGCUCAAGAAUAUGCAUGUGGAAAAGAAAGUUUCAGCUUUUCAGCUUCUGCGACUUGCAUUCCAAAGCCUCGGAGUGGUCUUUGGAGAUUUAGGCACAUCUCCCUUGUAUGUUUUCUACAAUACAUUCCCUGAUGGAAUUGAAGAAGCAGAGGAUGUGAUUGGAGCCCUAUCGUUAAUUAUAUAUUCCCUUACACUUAUCACACUCUUGAAGUAUGUGCUCAUUGUCUGCACAGCGACUGACAAUGGUCAAGGUGGAACAUUUGCUCUUUAUUCACUACUAUGUCGACAUGCAGACAUUAGGACUAUUCCUAACCAGGACCACACUGAUGAACAGCUGACAACUUACAGUUGUGCUAAAUUUCAUGAGCAAUCAUUUGCUGCCAAAACCAAGAAAUGGCUUGAGGGACAUGCAUUUAAGAGGAAUGCACUUCUUGUUCUUGUCCUUGCUGGAUCUUGUAUGGUGAUUGGGGAUGGAAUUCUGACCCCAGCAAUAUCAGUUUUAUCAGCUCUUGGCGGAAUGAAGGUAGAAUAUCCCAAGAUGUCUAGUGAUGUCGUGAUGCUGGUAGCUGUUGCACUCUUAUUUGGUUUGUUUUGCAUACAGCACUAUGGGACAGAUGCUUUUAGCUGGCUCUUUGCCCCAGUAGUACUCCUUUGGUUUUUUUUAAUUGGAAGUAUAGGUGUAUUCAACAUUUGCAAGUAUGAUAGCAGUGUUCUGAAAGCCUUUUCUCCUGUAUAUGUGUACCGGUUCUUCAGUAGGGGAAAUGGCUGGAGCUCUCUUGGAGGAAGUAUGCUUAGUAUUACAGGAACGGAGGCGCUUUUUGCUGAUUUAUCACACUUCCCAGUGGCAGCCAUACAGAUUGCUUUCAUAUUAGUUGUGUUUCCCUGCCUUAUUUGCUCCUACACUGGACAGGCAGCAUAUCUUAUGAAACACUCAGAUCAUGUAUCUGAUGUAUUUUAUAGUUCAAUUCCAGAGAGCAUACAUUGGCCAGCCCUCAUUGUUGCGGUUGCAGCUGCUAUUGUUGCAAGUCAGGCCACCAUAACUGCAACUUUUUCGCUAGUCAAGCAGGCCCUUGCUCUUGGCUGUUUCCCCAGAGUUAAAGUAGUACAUACAUCAAAGAAGUUCCUAAACCAGAUUUAUAUUCCUGAUAUUAAUUGGAUUCUUAUGAUACUUUGCCUUGCUGUGACGGCUGGAUUCAAAAAUCAAAUCGAAAUUGGAAAUGCUUCGGGUACAGCAGUCAUACUAGUCAUGCUUCUAACGACAUUCCUUAUGGUUCUGAUCAUGCUUCUAGUAUGGCGAUGGCAUUGGGUUAUUGUUUUGUUAUUCACUAGCUUAUCUCUGAUAGUGGAAGGCACUUACUUUUCCUCUGUAAUAUUCAAGGUAAAUCAAGGUGGAUGGGUUCCUCUUGUGAUUGCAGUAGCCUUUUUUAUCGUCAUGUCCAUUUGGCAUUAUGGGACUGUAAAGCGAUAUGAAUAUGAGUUGCACAGUAAGGUCUCCCUAGCAUGGAUUCUUGGACUUGGUUCGAGUUUAGGACUGGUUCGAGUCCCCGGAAUUGGACUUGUGUACACUGAACUGGCAAAUGGGGUACCUCAUAUUUUCUCCCAUUUCAUCACCAACCUCCCUGCCAUACAUUCAGUUGUUGUUUUUGUAUGUGUUAAGAACCUUCCUGUCUAUACAGUUCCAGAAGGGGAGAGAUUUCUGAUAAGGCGAAUUGGACCGCCGGAUUUUUUUAUGUUCCGUUGUGUUGCCAGAUAUGGCUAUAAGGAUCUCCAUUUGAAGGAUGUAGAUUUCGAGAGAGACCUCAUGGACAGUCUCUUCACGUUUGUCAGACUUGAGAACAUGAUGGAUGGGUCUUCGGACUCGGAUGAUUACAGUUUAAGCGACCAGCAGACUGAGCAAUCUGCUGGUGAACCUUUGGAGUUUAUGAAUAAUGAACUUUCAUCUAACAUGGACACAAUUAUAUCCUCAGUGGACCCUCCACUUGCAAACCAUGUUCCUGCUGAUAUUGAUGAGUUAGAAUUUUUGAAGAAUUGCAGAGAUGCUGGAGUGGUGCACAUGCUGGGAAAUACAGUGGUCAUGGCAAGGAGGGAUUCCAGAUUUUACAAGAAGCUAGCUAUUGAUUAUUUAUAUGCUUUUCUGAGGAAGAUAUGCAGACAUAAUACUGCAAUCUUCAGUAUUCCUCCUGAGAGUCUCUUGAAUGUUGGACAGAUAAUUCGUGUAUGAUAAACUUUUUGAUAUUGCAGACAUGAUCAUACAUAUCUUCCGAAUAAGUUUCAAAGUCGUGCAGGACUUGAGCCCAAAGUGAACAUUUUCAUGCUAGUGUGGCUGUGUUUGCAAAAAUAUUACUGUCAUCCAUGUAAACAACAGAGUUUAUGCAAUUUUUUUAAGGGACAACCUCUCAUAUUCGAUAUCAAACCUUAUAUUUAGUAUAAAUAGAGUUGCACAAAUAAUAAACUUUACAUAGAGACCACUUUUAUUUGUCAAGAGCUGCACAGAACACAAUAAUCUCUCUCCCUGAGAGCCC